AGUGUCCACUUACAGAUUUGCGAAUGCGUUGAAUUGAAUGGCAAAAAAACACAAACAUUUGACGUUUAAUGAGUGAUAUUUGGUGAAGUGUUAAAAAAAUUGCAAACAUUUAUCAGCGUGAUAGUGAAAAAAAUGUUGCGUUUUCUUUGAUAAUUGCUGCAAUUUAAUCGAUAUUUGGUUUUUAUUCAACUCAUUUCCAACGAAUUACGGUUGAUAAGACGUGAUUUUGUAAAGUUUUUGGUAAAUUUUCCAUGAGUUAAUCCGCCAGUUGUUUUUUUUUUAGCAACAUUGCUAUAUUUUAUGUGCCAACACAUCAUCGUACAACGAAAAGAUGUUUUUUGUUUCGUUUAUAAUUUGCAUUAUUCUAAGUGUUCACACGAUUCAACCGAUACACGGUGCAUCCAAUGCAGAAAAAGUGGUAGUGCCACAGACCAAAGGUCAAUCAGCGGAAACAAUAUUUAGCGAAGGUGGCUCAUUUACAAUAUCCAAAACACCAACAAGAGCCAGCAAUGAAUCACUUCAUCCUGUUAAAGCAGUGGAACAAAGCCUUGUAAACAGUGAAACAAAGGAAGCGAAGAGACAUCGAGGUAUCACAAACACCGAUGAUGCACCAUCAAUUAGCGAGCUCCACAGCAAUAAUACCAAAAAUAGUUUGAUAAGUAGUAGUAAAAACACAGCAAUAAAUAACACAACUGCAACCGUGAAUCAAAGCCCGAGUCCAAAUUCGAGUCAAACAGCUUCAAAAGUUGAACCAACACUAUUGAGCUCCAUGCAGAAUACUCAAAAUAUCAAAACUGAUAAUGCAAAGGUAAAUCCACCGUCGCCUAAUGCAUCGAAAACAACGGCAACCGCGACCACAAAUGGCACAUCAUCUACAACAACAACAACAACAACGACUUCUACGACCACAACGACGAAAAAGCCAACGACUACGACGACGACGACAACAACAACCAAAGCUCCUCCAAAGAAGCCUCUAAUCACACAAUCCGUCGAAGAUGUUCCUGGUUUAUUGAAGGCAGCUGAAGCUCAAUCGCAGUCCCAAUCCACCAAAGACCAGCCACUCGAAAAUGUUCGUGACAAUGAACCAUUGUCACUGCAAUCGUCCGAAACAAUUUCAUAUCCAGAUCAAAAGUCUAGCCACAAUUUCGCCAUGCUAAUAGUUGGCGUUCUCGUUAUAAUCCCAUUCUUGGUGCUAUUAACAAAUUACGCCGUUCGUCGUGUUCGUGACUAUUGGUCAAAGCGACGAUAUCGACGCAUGGAUUACCUCAUCGAAGACAUGUAUAACUGAAAGUGACUGAAUAGCAAAACAACAACCAACUACGAAUAGCAGAACAACAUUUCCGCCAUUUUUAUUUCCAUGCAGCAAAAAAGCUUGUGAUUCAUGCGUGUGAAAAAAAAACAAAACAAGAAAAAAUGAAAACUAAUGUAAAUACAAACUUGAAUGUUAGGCUAAGCGAAUGCACCAAUUUUAGAAAAACAUUUUUAAUUCGGUACACGAACAUUUAAAACUGUCGAAUUUACGCAAACAAAUUAAAUGAUAUUAUGACAUUGUCAACUGAAAAAUACCGAUCAAAUAAACACAUUGAAAUAUUUUUGUAUCAUUUGAA